AUGGCACAAUCUAAACCUUUUCACAUUAACGAUUAUCCCGUCGUCAUUGGUAUUGAUUUUGGCACGACAUUCUCGGGCUGUUCCUAUGCUUUCAUUCAGAAUGACGAAGUUGUUGACGUUGUCCGCUGGCCAAAGCAAAACAAUAACACACCAACACUGAACUUUUAUCAAGGAAACACAAAAGAUAUGACACAAUGGGGAAAUGCUGCGCGUUUAGAAAUGCAAAGACCUACUGCUCGCAAUUCAGUUCUAUUGAAGCAAUAUAAACUCUAUUUGGACGAAAAUAUCGCCAAAGAUUUACCGCCACUACCGAAUGGGCUGACUAUUGUGGAAGCCAUUUCUGAUUAUUUACGUGCUUUUCAUGAGCACGUUGUAACUGAAUUGAAAAAGGGCUUUGCAAAGAAUUAUGGACAACACCAAUUCAGAUAUUGUUUGACUGUACCGGCCAUGUGGUCUGAUAAGGCAAAGAGUACAAUGCGUGAAGCGGCCAUCAUGGCAGGCCUCAUCAAUGAAGAUGAUCACCGUGAUAGACUCAUGUUAAUUUCAGAACCUGAGGCAGCAGCACUUUAUUGUGAAAAGAAAUGUGAGCAAUUCAACUUGAAGCAUAACGAUAGAUUUAUGAUUUGCGAUGCAGGAGGCGGAACUGUGGAUUUGAUCGUUUUUGAAAUCGAUGAGAGAAGUGGUAGAAAAUUACGCGAAUGCACCAAAGGACAUGGGCAAUCCUGUGGUUCCGUCUUUUUAGACCGUCGUAUGCGAAAGCUGCUCAAGAGAAAAUUCAAAGAAUACUUAUCCUCCAUACCCGCUUCUGCUUUUGAAACUAUGAUGGAUACCUUUGUCGAUUUGAUUAAACCCCAGUUUGACGGAGUAGAGGAUCAAUUCAUUACAUUACCUGCUUCCAUGAAUCUUGCCUCCCUGAACAACCCUGCCAUUGGUUUAGAAGAUGGUAUGCUUUGUUUAACAGCCGCAGAAUUGAAAAAGGAAGUAUUUGAACCUGUUAUUCGCGAGGUGAUCAAUCUUUGUGAAGAACAAUUACAAAAAGCUCAGCGAUUACAAGCGAUCUUUCUAGUGGGUGGCUUCGGUUCUUCCAAUUAUUUAUUUGAAAGAGUGCAGCAGGAAUUUGGAUCACGUGUUGGCUUAGUUGCUGUACCUCCCCGUUGUGAGCUGGCUGUCGUGCGUGGCGCUGUUUACUUUGGUUUGAAUCCUCGUGUCGUAACAACGCGUAUUCCUCGAUAUUGGUAUGGUAUUGAUACUACAACCACAUUUGAAGAAGGCGUGGAUCCACCAAGUUAUAAGAUCAUUCGUGCGGAUGGAAGUGUAAGAUGCGAUAAUAAAUUUUCAGUUUAUGUAAAGCGAGGACAACCUUUAGAUAUUGAUAACUGCGUCAGUAAAGACUUUUUUGCUUAUUACCCUCAUCAUACAACGUGUACACUUUACGCAGCUGAUACCGAAGAACAACCUAUUUAUACAACAAGUCCGGGUGUGCACAAAGUUGCUAACUUUACUAUCCCUAUGCCCGCAUUAACAGGUGUUGCUGAAGGUGAAAAGGUUGACUUGACCAUCAAGAUGUAUUUUGGUGAAGUGGAAUUAAAAGUAGAAGCUGUUAUUCGAGGAAAGACCUACGGCACGACUUGCACAUUUGAUACAGAUUAG